AUGGGUAACGCACCCACAACAGUGAAGCAUUGCUUAAGCUAUGAGCAAGUCAUCCAGGACUACCCAUGGCUGAGACGCUGGCUGCCGGAGGAGAAGACCAUUACAGGACAUGAGUAUCCAGAGUUUGUUAAAAUAGUUGAAGUUGGGCCUAGAGAUGGACUUCAAAAUGAAAAGGAAAUUGUUCCGACAGGGGUGAAAAUCCAGCUGAUAGACAUGCUUUCAGGAACAGGCCUGCCUGUGAUCGAGGCCACCAGCUUUGUCUCUUCAAAGUGGGUACCGCAGAUGGCGGACCACACUGACGUGCUCAAAGGAAUCCAGAGAGCUCCUCAUGUUCAGUACCCGGUUUUGACACCUAACAUGCAGGGCUUCCAGGACGCUGUUGGAGCUGGGGCUACAGAAGUGGCAGUGUUUGGGUCAGCGUCUGAAAGUUUCAGUAAAAAAAAUAUUAACUGCUCUAUUGAUGAAAGCAUGUUGAGGUUUGAGGAAGUCAUUAGCGCUGCCAAAGAACGACAAAUUCCAGUCCGUGGAUAUGUUUCUUGUGCUCUUGGAUGCCCCCACGAGGGACACAUUGAACCUUCCAAAGUUGCUGAGGUGGCAAAGAGGUUAUAUGAUAUGGGCUGCUAUGAGAUCUCUCUUGGGGACACCAUCGGCGUUGGCACUCCAGGUUCCAUGUCUAAGAUGCUGCAGAGUGUGAUGAAGGAGGUUCCCACUAGCGCUCUCGCAGUUCACUGCCAUGACACCUACGGGCAAGCGCUGCCUAACAUCCUUACUGCACUUCAGAUGGGGGUCUCUGUGGUGGAUUCUGCAGUAGCUGGCCUGGGAGGGUGCCCAUACGCUCAGGGUUCAUCUGGCAAUGUUUCAACAGAGGAUGUACUCUACAUGCUCCAAGGCAUGGGCAUAGAAACUGGAGUGAACCUUGCCAAAGUUAUAGAGGUUGGUGACUUCAUCUGCAGUGCUUUAUGUCGCAAGACAAACUCCAGGGUUGCCCAGGCAAGUAGCAGGACACUGUGA